AUGCGGCAUUACUACUUCUUCAGUAUACUCCUCUUAUCAAUACCUACCGCCUCAGGGUCACAACCACCCCACCAAGCAACAGCGCUGCUAACUCCCGAUCUCUCAACUCUCUACCUCUUCAUACCUCCCUCGCCCUCAUCCCAAAGCUUUCGCUUCCUCUCCCUACCGCUGAACAACACAUACUCCACCUCAAACUUCACCCACUCGUUCACUGAGCUUUCCUCCCCACCACUCCCACCUUCCUCCUCCUCCUCUGACGCCAAUGCCAUUUCGAUAGCGCCAAUACUAUUCCCAACAGGCCAGCUUGCAGUCUUAACAGGCAGCUGCGACACCGAUAUCACAAUCCACGAAUACAGCUCCCACAGCAACACAUGGAACCCUCGGUCCAUUGCACCGCCGUCAGGCCGUGGGGAACGAAGACCGCUGAGAUAUCAUGCCAGGGCGUUUGCGUAUGGCGUUAGCAGCACGACGUCGAGUGUGGCACCGAGUGAGACGUUCAUGACGGGGCAGGGCGAGGCCGGGAUGCGCGAGUUUGAGCAGGGCGUAGUGAUUACUACGUCGACCGUGAAUACGGCGUAUGUGUUUGGCGGCGUGUGUCCUGCUGCCGGAGGCGGAGUGGAAUAUUCAGCGGGGAUGAUGGAGGCGGGAUGGCCAUUGGCAAGGGCGCAGUCGUAUGUGCCGGGUGAACGAAAAGGCAAGGAAAAGGGGAAGGGAUCCUCACCGCCGCCGGCACCGGCGGUGCAGGAUGGUGAGGCGGUAGCGGCGGCGGGGACGGAUACGGUGGUGCUGGCAGAGUAUGAUGGCCGGAGUAACCGCGAGUGGCCGAUAGCUGAAGCAGGCUUCUCGCUCACGACGAUACCGACAAGAGAGGGCGGUGGCGGCGGCGCAGGGAGUGUGGUGAUGGUGGGCGGAUAUACGGCGGGUGCGUUUGUGGAUAUGAGGCAGGUGGCGGUUUACUCCGCACCCGACGGGCGGUGGCGGUUUGCAGAUGUUGGGCUGCCGGCAGCGUCACCGCCGAGACUGCGGUCGAGUGAGACGCGGGUGCUGGCCACUGGCUCCGGGUCCGUGGGCGUUGGAGAGACGACAAAGACGGAUCCGUCGGCGAGGGUAGCGGCUGUUGUGCAGCGGCGAAACGACGAUACACGCCGGAUUGACCCACGGUCGGGACACAGUGCGGUGGCAACGCGGGACGGGAAGCGGAUCGUUGUGUAUGGGGGGUGGGUGGGCGACGCCAAUACGCCCGCCGAGCCGCGGCUGGUGAUCCUCGAGAUGACGGGCGAGGCGGGCAGGGACGAGUGGCGGUGGGACAUCCCGUUCAUCCACCCGGGCGAGCUGGGCCCGCCGACGGACGGGGAGGCAGAGGGCUUGAGUGGGCAUGCGGCGGUGAUGCUGGAGGGAGAUGUCAUGAUGAUCACCAGCGGGUAUCGCAUCUCGCCGUUUGUGAAUGCGUCGGUGGUUAACACAAAGAGCUACUUUUUCAACGUCACCUCAGGAAUGUGGGCAGGCACGUAUAAGCCCGCGGGAAUCCUUGCGGCGGAAGAGGAAGAGGCGGCGGGGAGAAAAUCGGAGCAUAAGAGGACCACGGGGAUUGUGCUUGGAGUUGUGUUUGGUGUUGCGGGACUUGCGGCGGCGAUCAUUGGCUAUCAUUGGUACUUCCGAAAGGGCCGGAGAACCGAGCGCGACGCUGAAGGAGCAGGCCCACUGGAGAGAGAACGAUGGGGGUCCUUUGGGUUCUACGGCGGACCGUCUGCGAGUGAAGAGAGACUGGGAUCCUUCAACUGCUACGGGACAGAGAAGCCCUCAAUGAUGGCCGGCAGCACAGAACGACUCGGACUAGGUUCGAUAUACGGCUCCCGAAGACCGUCCAUGAGCCAGGAAAGACUCGGAAUUUACGGAUCCCACAGAGCAUCACUAAGCCAAGAGCGAGUCGGCAUCGUCGAAACCCGCAGCCAUUCCUACCGCGUCCUCGGUGAAGAAACGGCAGUAUCAGAACCUCGGCCCGCCUCUCCUCCCGCCUCCGCCUCUCGCCCCCCUCUCCUCCGAAAAACACCCUACCUCACAACUGCAACUACUACUGCAGUCCCCGGCGUCCGUGUGCCCCCAAAGGCACUCCUGAAAACCAACCCUGCCCGCGUCUCCACAAUCUUUGAAGCAGAAGAAAACGCAUUCGACCCCAACCGGGGCUCUCGCGGCAGCUCCUGCGCCGCUACAACAGGCUCCGACGACGAUCACCACCUGGCGAACCUACAAAGCCUAUACACCCGCUCCCUGGCAUUCGCGGAGAAGAUGGCGGCCCAGGAAAUUAUAUAUGAGCAGUCACGCUCACGAUCACGCUCUACGACGCUGAGUGGCGAGUGGAGCGACCAGACCGCGUCGCUACCGAGAAUCCCGCCGAGAGCGGCACUCAGCUCGGAGAGUCUGAGCUUGGUGCCGACGGCGCCCGUCAGGAUCCCGUAUAACCGCUCGUUCCCGCCGUCCACGGCGAGGGUUGAGCCAGUGGUGCCGAGGCCGAGGGUGAAGACGUUGUUGACGCCAGCACGGUUCUUUCCGGAGCAGGUUGCGAAGCGGCGAGUUGUGUCAUUGGCAGCAAAAGCUGCUGGCGAGCUCGAGCAAGAGAAGGAGAAGCAGCCGCCAAGGCGAUGGGCAAGCAUAUCUGCAUUGCGCAGCGCACUACCGGAUAUAUUACCGACGAGCCCGAUCUCGCUAUGGGAGACGACGGGGAGCAGCAGCCGGUUUUCGCGGAAUGCGUCGUCGUCGGCGUCGGCGGGGACGAUGGGGACGAUGGGGAGUGCGGGGGACGUGGUGGAGAUGCCGAGUAAUAUGGGGUUGGAUUCGGCGCUGGGGGUAGGGAUGGGGAUGGGGUUCUCGAGUUUGGGGGAUGACUGGGAUUUGGAGCUGGAGGCGGCGAUCGAGAAGAGGGUGGUGCAGGUGCUGUUUACGGCGCCGAAGGGCGCGUUGAGGGUUGUGAAUCUGGAUGAGAGGGUGGUGGCGCCGAGCGUGGAUGAGGAUGAGGUGGAGGAGAAGGUAAAGGAGGUCGAGUUGAAGAUUGUGAUUCCGGCGGUGGAGGAGAAGGUGUUUGAGAGUAGCUCGGCGCCGGAGGAUGUGAUUGAGGUGGUGCCGGAGAGUAUUGGUGAGGGCAUCUUGGAGAUGAUAUGCCAGUGA